AUGAUGAGUUCCCCUGGCAGGGCCAGCAGCGCGUUUCCCCUGCAUGUCCUGGUCUGGAAUAAUGACUACAGGCGGCUGGACGAGGAGCUGCAGGACAAGGAUGUCGAUCAACGUGAUCCUCGAGGCCGGACCUUGUUGCACCUUGCUGUUUCCUUGGGUUAUAUAGAGUCUGCCAAAGUCCUCCUUCAGCACAAAGCGGACGUGACCAAAGAGAACGCGCAGGGAUGGACAGUUUUACACGAGGCUGUCAGUACAGGAGAUCCAGAGAUGGUACAAAUGAUUCUGCAGCAUCGGGACUACCAGCAGACCUCUAUGACACUUGGAGGAGUUCCUGAAUUACUCCAGAAGAUUAACGAGACUCCUGACUUUUAUGUGGAAAUGAAAUGGGAGUUCACCAGCUGGGUCCCACUGGUUUCCAGAGUUUGUCCAAGUGACGUCUGCCGCAUCUGGAAGAGCGGUGCCAAGCUGCGCGUGGAUAUCACUUUACUGGGCUUUGAAAACAUGAGCUGGGAGAGAGGAAGGCGUAGCUUAAUUUUCAAGGGAGAAGAUACUGGAGGUUGGGCUGAACUGAUCGAGAUCAACCACGAUGAUAAGUUUGUUACAACGGAGCGUUUUGAGAUUUCCCAGCACAUGAAGCGUUUGACAUUGGGAUCCAUGACUCCGAAAAGAAAAGAUGUGGAAAGACGCCUUACGUCUCCAAUUAUUAACACGUGCCUUGAUACCAAAAAUAUUGCUUUUGAGAGGACCACGUCUGGAUUCUGGGUAUGGAGGACAGAAAAAGCAGAAGCUGUAAAUGGUUAUGAAGCGAAGGUGUACAUCGCAAACAAUGUGAAUGUGGUGACAAAAAUCCGGACGGAACAUUUAACAGAAGAGGAGAAGAAAAGAUACAAAGCUGACAGGAACCCCCUGGAAUCAUUUCUGGGCACGGUGGAGCACGAGUACGGUGCUCAGAGUACAACCAAGACAACAGAGUAUGCUGCAAGUAACAAUCCUACUGCUAUUACUCUGGAGGAAUACUUUGACCCAGAAUUUGAUUUGAAAGGCAGAGACAUAGGAAGACCGAAAGAAGUCACCAUUCGAACGCAGAAAUUUAAAGCAACCUUGUGGAUGAGUGAAGAGUUUCCCUUGUCUCUUAUGGAACAAGUCACUCCCAUCAUCGAUCUGAUGGCCAGAACUAGUGCUCAUUUUGCCAGGCUUAGGGAUUUCAUCACUCUGGAAUUUCCACCAGGAUUUCCUGUCAAAAUUGAAAUUCCCCUAUUCCACGUGCUGAACGCCCGAAUCACAUUUGAAAAUGUCAAUGGCUGCAGGACGGCGGACAAAGCUUCACCACAGAUGGUCGGCGCUGCACCGUGUGAUUCGGGUGCUAAUUUCGAGGUUGACCAGUCAGUGUUUGAGAUCCCCAAAUCUUACCACGUCCAAGAUGACGGUAGGAACAUCCACGUGCAGGACGAAGACAACGAGAUCAUGCAGUUUGCUAUUCAGCAGAGUUUGCUGGAAUCCGGUGGAAAUAAAGAAGCAGGGGUGCACUCCAAUGGGGCAGUGGCAUAUUCACAGGACUUCAAUAUACAGUACCAGAGGGCACUGCAGGAGAGCUAUCUAACAAGCUCGGGUAACUCACGCUGCAGCACCCCUAGUGAACCUUCCAGUUUUGAGAAAGACCUGCAGCUUGCCAUGGAGCUGUCUGUCCGAGAGCAGGAGGAACGGGAGAAGCAACGUCGGGAAGAGGAAGAUGCAGAGCUUCAGCAGGUUUUACAGCUUUCUCUUGUGGAAAAAUAA